AGAGUGGCCGAUUGGGAAUGGGCUCGCGCAAUUUUGAUUUGAAAAUUGCCAUUCUGGGUGUGGGGUGGGAAAGAAUGGGUAAAUUGGAAAUGGGAGAGAGUGGGGAAAUUGCCAGGGGAAAAUGGGUGGGGAAAGGGGCUAAUUUGGGCCAACCCCAAGGUGAUCGUGAUUUGGAAAUUGCCAUUGUGUGGUGGGCUGGGGAAGAAUGGGCCCAUUUGGAGAUGGGAGGGGAAAUUGCGAUGGGGGAAAAUGGGUGGGGAAAGGGGCCAAUUUGGGCCAACCACAAAGUUGAUCGUGAUUUUAAAAUUGCCAUUGUGGCGGGCUGGGGAAGAAUGGGUAAUUGGAAAUGGGAAAGAGUGGGGAAAUUGCGAUGGGGGAAAAUGAGUGGGAAAAGAGGUGUGAGGAAAUUGGAGAAGAGGGGCCAACCCAAAGGCGAUUGUGUUGAUUUGAAAAUUGCCAUUUGGGAUGCAGGGAAGAAUGGGACUGAGUGUGAAUUGAAAAUGUUGGGAGAAUCCAUCCAUACAGGAAGGGUGUUUGAAAAAUUCCAAUUCGAAAAGCAAAAGAUUGAAAUUUGAACCUUAGUUAUAUCUUAUGAGAUAGAAGUAGUAGAAAGUUCGAUUACAUGCUGUUUACAUACUGUUUCCAUGCUUUCAUAAUACAUUUUUACUCUAAAAUAAUCUUAUUAUUAAAUUUCUAAAGAAAAUAUAAUGACAAUUUAAUAUAGUUGAUUGAAACAUU